AUGCAUGCUUCAUCAGUGAUUGUUGAAAAUAUGCCAAUGAUGCCAAUGACACCGCAAAUUGUCAUUGAAAUUCCCGCUAACACCCCGCCUGAAUCAAAUUAUAAUAGUAAUGUAAAUUUAAAUACAAAUUUAAUAAAUAGUUUAUUUAUUCAAUCACAUAAUAAUAAUAAUCAUAAUAACGGAUGGUUAUCAGGUGCAUCAAGUCCUGGUUCAUGUUAUCAAAAUUUAUUGUCGCCAACAAAUUAUUGGUCAAAAAAUCAUUAUCUUACAUCAACUAGUGAUAGUUUGUUUAGUCAUGGAAAUCUCAGGGAUGAUGACUGCCGGACAGAAAGACAAACUCCCCUAGACAGUCAAUCAAUUUAUUCACAAAUGAGUAGAACACCUCCACCAAUGGUGUUAUUGUCACCAACCUCUUCAGUAUCAUCACAAUGUUUAAAUCAAAAUCGUAAUCCCUACUGCUGUAUGAUAAAUGGCCAAAUGAAAAAUCCCUGUUUACCUGAAGGUACAACAGGAAGUUUCCAACGUUCAAAUUCAAUUUCAUUAGCAACAGCACAUGUUAACGGAAAUAAAUUCCACUAUCCUGAUAGUAAUAUAGAGAUGUACUCCGGUCAACCGUCUGACAGUCAUGCAUCACAUCCCUUUAGAUCUUGUACACCUUCAUCUAUGAUCAUGAAUAUGAAACAUCAGUCGAAUCGAUCCCUAAGUCCAUAUUCCUGUUCUAAUUAUCCACAAAAUCCUAAUUUAUCCAGACAAUGUAUACCAUGUUUAUCCGCUGACAGUCAUUGUAGUGUUGGUUUAGAGCAGACUGUCGGCUUUCAUCCAACAAUUCCUACAAAAAUUAAGCAAUAUAGAACAAGACGAGCUUCAUCACCGUUGUCUUAUAAAAGUUCAAAUGCAUCCUCUCAGUUAUUAUGUAGUAAUAAUAAUAAUAAUAACAACUCAUCUACUAUGAGGAUAUCUGCCUGCUUAACAAAAUCAGGUUGUAUGCAUAAUUUUCAACGUUGCUCAGUCCCAAAUAAACAACAGUCUUCAAUGCAACGUUCCAAUUCCUUGCCUGAAUUAUUAAUCACAAAAACAAAAACAAUUGAUGCAAUAAAAAGACGUAAAACGGAUAGAUACAAAGAUAUCUGGUAUAAGUGUAUCCCAGAAAUGAAAUCAUGUAAUUUAUUUCCAACUCCGCUAGCCUGUAGUCGUAAUUCAUUCUACCCGCUAGAGUUACCAUGUCAACAGCAACAACACCAACAGCAAGCAUAUUGUCUAUCAUCUGCUAUGAAUCAUCGUCGGCAUACAGAAGGUUGUAGUUUAAAACCGAAUAGAUCAUUGUUAUUACUACAUCAGUCAAGUCGUCGAUCGAAUUCAGUUUGUUCACAAAAUCACUGUCCUGCAAAUACCAUUGCUGGUAAUACUACUAAUCGAAACAUUAUCAGUAGUAUGCGAAAUAUGAAUUGUAAUAAUGUUAUAAUUAAUGACUGCAAUUUACAUGCUCGAUCGGCUGUAUCAAUGAUGCUCAACUCCAAGUUAGAUGAGGGUGGCAUUAGUGGCAAUAAUAAUAAUAACGCUAAUACCAAAACUCCUAUUUAUAAAAAUCAUACAUUAUUGGACAAAACUCCUUCACAGAUCUGUAAUAAGCAAACUGUUAAUCCUGUUGAUCUAGACUCAGCAAAACUUGAUGACUAUCAAAGUAUUACUGAAUUACCAGUUAAAACUGGUGAUUCAUUUACACGUUGUCUUGUUCCCUGA